AGUUGACAUCGCGUGUCUCAUAUGUCAACAUCUUGCAGCCUGUGAGUUCAUUUGUUUUGUAUCUAAAAACUGCGCUGCUUUUCUGUUUAUGUGAAGCGAUGGCUCAGGAAGAGAGCGACUGGAAGAGGCAGCUAAUGGAGAAAGAAAAAGAGAUCGCUGCUCUCAAGAACAAACUGGAACAGCUUGAAAAGAACCACGCCUCAGUGCUGGAACUCCAGGACAAAGUGAUGCAGCUUAGUCCUCUAACAGCCAAACCAGCGCUCAGCAAUGAGGACAUCAUGCGGUACAGCAGACAGCUCCUUCUGCCUGAGCUCGGUGUAAAAGGCCAGCUGAAUUUAUCUGGGACAUCUGUGCUGAUCGUGGGCUGCGGUGGACUAGGUUGUCCACUCGCCCAGUAUCUAGCAGCAGCAGGCAUCGGGCGUCUUGGUCUGCUGGACUAUGAUGAAGUGGAGCUCAGCAACCUCCACAGGCAGGUUCUCCAUGGAGAGGAGAAUCAGGGCCAGGCUAAGGCUCUGUCUGCAGCUACAGCAGUAAAAAGGCUGAAUUCUACCGUGGAGUGUGUUCCCUACCAUCUGCAGCUCUCACCAGAGAAUGCCUUACAGCUUAUUCAACAAUAUGACAUUGUGGCGGACUGUUCAGACAACGUUCCCACCCGUUACCUGGUGAAUGACGCCUGCGUGCUCAGCGGCAGACCUUUGGUGUCUGCGAGUGCUUUGCGACUGGAAGGGCAGUUGACGGUGUACAACUAUCAGGGAGGCCCCUGCUACAGAUGUUUAUACCCACGGCCCCCACCCCCAGAGACGGUAACCAACUGUUCUGAUGGAGGGGUGUUAGGAGUGGUUCCAGGUAUUAUGGGCUGCUUCCAAGCUUUAGAGGUCCUUAAAAUUGCCUCAGGGCAAGGUUCGUCCUGCGCUCAGCAGCUGCUGAUGUUUGACGCUCAGGCUUUCAGAUUCAGGUCCAUCAGACUGCGGCCCAAGCAGGCUGGCUGUGCGGCGUGUGGAGAAAGCCCCAGUGUGACGCAGCUGAUUGACUAUGAGGCUUUCUGUGGGUCUGCUGCCACAGAUAAGUGUCGAAAGCUUAACCUCCUGUCCAAGGAUCAGAGGAUCACAGUGCAGGAAUAUAAAUCCGUGGUGGAUAACUCGGGCCAUCAUAUCUUGCUUGAUGUCCGCCCUCUUGUGGAAGUGGAUAUCUGUCACUUGCCCUUCUCUCUCAAUAUCCCCCUCUCCAGUUUAGAGCAGAGAAAGAGUGAAGAUAUCCGGUUACUUCAGCAAAGAAUCAUCCAGCUGAAGCAGCAGAUGGCAGGUGACUGCCACCCUCCAGUUUAUGUCAUCUGUAAGCUGGGUAAUGACUCCCAGAAGGCAGUGCAGAUUUUGGAAAAGAUGAGCGGGUCAGAAAUGGACAGUUUCACCGUAAAGGACAUCUGUGGAGGGCUCAUGGCGUGGGCCAAGAACAUUGAUUCAACAUUUCCACAGUAUUAAUGUACUGUAUGAUUGUUUGCUUGUAAUAAACUAAUACAUUUCAUCAUGUUGACUGUUUUCGCUUACAUGCCGAUCGUUUUGCAAAUGUCGUGACUUUAUUGCAACAGCUUUCAUGUUGACAACAAGACUGGAGAGUCCCAUUUACUUUUGUUUUAUUUUGUAGUAGACUGUGCGUAGGCUGCUGGAUUACAUGUAUGAAUUGCAGUUGCAAAAUCAGGUUUCUCUUCCUCUUUUUAAAGCUAACCUUUAAAAGUUAACGUCUUUAACAGUUGUAGCAGAUAGAUCUAUCAUAUUUUUGGAUGCAACUCAGCCAGAUAUAUAAUGUGAUCACUUAUAGCCCAAAUUAAUAGUUCGCCCAAGCAGAAUAAAUGGAUUUCUAUCCUAAAUCAACCUUUAAUUUUUAUAAAAUGUUAUUCUUUUUAGGA